AGUCGCCCUCAAGAGUUCUUCUCAAAUUACUGCAUUUGAUUUGUUAUUUAAAAAAAUGAUUUUACCUUAUUUAACGAGGCAAGUCAGUUAAGAACACAUUCUUAUUUACAAUGUUAUCUAUUGCUCAUCAUUGGUGUCAUUACUUAUUUAUUUGUUGUCUCAUCACAUUUUUGUACAAAAAAACGGAAACGGAGCUAAUACACCAGUAUUUAUUGUUUCGAGUGGUCUUUUUAGUGGUAUGGGGAUCCAGUAUUGCGUCGCUGAUUGCAUUGAUUGACAGAUCUUCCCUGAAGUUGUUUUAUUACGUCAAAGUGCAUUCACAUUAUGACGUUGGCUGAGUUACCGUAUAAAAUGCGGUAGUUUAUCUCUUUGGUAAUCACUUGGUAAAGUUUUACAUGAUGGGAACAUAGGCUCCAGCCAUAGACUUUAACCAUGGAGGAUAAUAAGAGUUUAAAUGAAGAUGAUCCACAUGAUCAUCAACGUUUGGAAGGUCAAGUCCAGAAAAUGAAGAAUGAUAUCCUGGGUUUAAACUAUCCAGAAGAUAGUGAAGUGAAGGAUCCCCUGCCUCAGAUCGAGCUCAAGGCUGUGACAAGGAGAAAAGUUAAGACCAAGAGGAAGACCAGUGCCAACAGGUCCACAGUUGAACAGAGCACUGAUACUGAUGCAGCUGAGAGAGAUUUUGUUGAUAAUCAGAAUGAUGAAGAAGAGGAUGAGGUGAAGAAGGAUCCUCUGCCUCAGAUGGAGCAGGAUGCCAUGAAGAGAAAUAAAGUCAAGACCAAGAGGACCAAGAGAAACAAAGUGGAGCAGAUUACUAAUACAGAUGCAGGUCCCUCUACAUCUGUGGAAUUCUCUGGGAUGGCAGUUCAGGGAACAUCUCACCAGGGACAAUCUAAUGAAAAGAUCCUAAGUGAGUGUGUCUCCAGGGCCUGUCAGACCAGGGCUCUUGACCUCCCGCCAAUCGAUCCGGAUGCUUUCAACCCGAUUAUCAUCCGGUUUCUGGAAAAACUUACUGAGGAGCAAUGGAGGCAGUUAAGCAUUGGCAGGAUGGACCCUGUGAUGAGGGCAUUGCUUGCAGAGAUGUGCCUGCAGAUUGUGCGGUUUGUAUCUGAGGCCAUCCUGGAGGUCAUCAUCCCUGCAAUUUUCCGUUUUGUACGGAUAUACAGCCAUGUGUCUCCAGUAUCCGGCAAGUCUCUGACAGAAUCAGAGAGAUCCUCUAGCACAAACCUGAAGGUUCGCAAGAGAGGCAGCAGCAAAUCCUCAAGGUCUUGCACGGCCAAAUCAAGCUCCUCUCGUAAUGGGUCUCAGACAGUGUUGCCAAAUACUCAGGGAGAUGGUGAGUCUAUUUCAUCUGAGCCACUCAGUGACUUUUUUGGGAUCACUGAGGACAGUCUCCUCACUGGUGUCCAGGAUUCCUUCAAAAAGUCACUGAACAAUGUCCUCUGUAUCCAAAGAGAGGGCCAGGUAGACACUCAAAGUCUAUCCCGGGUUAUUGUUGGAGAAGUGUCAAAGAAGGUCAAUUCCAUAAUCUCUGUGGCCAUCCAAACUCCCAUCUCUGGGCGAAUGUCCCCUGUCAUUUUUGCCAGUGGUGGUGUCUCCAGCACCAAGGUGGUUGAGGAGAUGGUGUCUGGCAUUUCCAACAUACUUCAGAUGUACAUUAAUGGGAAGAGUGUUGAGCAGAGUGUUGUUCUCAUAGAGGAUGGUGUUGAGGUGGAUAUGACACAUUUAACAGGACAGGUCAUGACAGCCCUCAGUGGCACUGUUUUGAACUUCAGCAAUAAGGAGGAAAAUGAACCCGACAAGAGGGAACUGCUUUGUGUUGUUGCUGACCACAUGAAGAUGCUUGAAGCUUGUAAAAGUCCCGAGGAGAUGCUAAAACAAGGAGAGAGCAACCUAAAUAUCAAAGGUGCCAAAUCUAGUCUUCGUCUGUCAACACAAAGUAUGGACAGACUACUCACUGAGGAGUUUCAGACCAAGGCCAUUGAAUCGAUCCGGGAGAUCGUUAAAAGAUUCAGGGGUUGUACAUCAUGUUGUUCUGGCACUACAUCAUCUAGUCCAACUCCUAGGAUAGGUGAGAUCAGAGACCUUAUGAUUGACCCUGAGGCUUCUGAGUUGGUAAGUACCUUUGUUUCAGACAUGGACAAUCUUACCCAGUCUAUCAGGGCAUCCUGCUCCCCUGCACAGGGUGAGCAGAUCCUUCUUGAAAACCAUCAAAGUAAGAUCUGGUCUUACACUGUUGGUUGUUACUACGACAUGAAAAAUACGCUGAAGAGGCUUCUUACCUGUCCAGAAAAGGGGGAUCUCGCAAGUACAUUUGUGGAGAGCACCAAAGAUUCUUUCACAAUGGUUCCAACUUUGUGCCUGGACGUCGGUCAUUCCAGUAAUGGUGAGGCUGACACAUCAGACUCCAUUUUUUGUAAACCACUUUUAAUAACCCCCUCAUCUAUGAAUGAACAAAAAGGACAAAGUGAGACCCCAAAACCUCUCUUGGCUCUCAAAAGUAUUUGCAAGACCAAGUCCUCCUUGACACCACAAAAGCGAUUGCCAGCCAGGUUCUAGUCUUG